GGGCGCUACGGGCACUACCUCCGCUCAUGGAAAACAACAAUUUCUGACCACUCUCUUUCUCCAUUUCUAUCCUCCAGCGGGGCCUUGAACGGCCACAGCGAUCGCACUUUCACUACUGUCAAGGCCCAGUUCAGCCUUCCCCAAAUGCUAGUCGAGACGAACAAUAGUGUCCUAAGUCUGCCCAUCCAAGAAAGGCAUGCCUCACCGCUCACUACUGACACGACGUACUCGCACUCUCACGCCCAGUCCGCUAACCUUGAUAGUUCCAUUUGUUCGUUCCAUUCCCAUGACAACCCAAACAACCCAAACAGACCGACCCGGACGACCUCCGAUGAUCUGAAGAGCUUGGUCAGGUUCAAGAUCCAAUCAGAGGAAUUGAGGAUCACAUGGAAGGGCUUGGGCUAUGACGGGACGUGGUUGGAUUCACCUUGGAACGGUUGCGUGCGUGUCCGUGGACCACACUGUGGUCCUGUGCCACUCUUGAGCAGAUCGAUCAAGUCAGCCGCUUGGGCAUUGAAUCCGGUGAUCCCUCAUCAUCAUGGAAGACGAUGAACUCGAGGACGAACGUCCCGUGUUUGAAAGUGGCGAGAUGAUUGAUUUCUCGGACAAUGGCGAUAACUCGUAUCGAAUUGACGAUCUCAUAGGCGAAGGCAGAUGUUGCGUGGUUUACUCGGCUCACAGUGUUCGCGACAACAGCCGGGUGGCCAUCAAGUUCUUUAAACGAGGCAGUUCCUACGAAGGGGCUCUCCAAAGAGAGCAAUACAUUCUGGAGAUGUUCAAAGACCCGGCGCAUAAACUGGUCACUUCGUUUGGCUUCCACGACUUCAAGGGCCUUCACUGUCAGGUGAUGGAGUUGCUCCAUUGCAACAUACGGCAAGUGAUCUUCAAAAACGACCGACGAGGCCUGUCGCCUUGGACGUUACAAAAAUUUGCUCGAGACAUCUUGACGUCGCUCUGCUCGCUACAUUCCUCUCAAUUUGUUCACGCGGAUCUGAAGCCGGCGAAUAUCAUGUGGAGCGCAAAUGAAGGCUGCUUCAAAUUACUCGACUUUGGACUUACGUUCCACACCUCCGAGCUUGAUUUGCACCAAAUACAAACGAAAAGUUAUCAAGCCCCGGAAGCUGCGAAGUGGAACGCCUACAAGGAUAAUUUGAAAAGGCAGAGAAAGCGCAAACUCCAAGGCACAUUCGGGGAGCUCAAUCGUUUAUCUGAAAACGGCAGAGUGCCAUCAAAUGAGGUGGCCAAAGCCAAAGAGCUAUGGCCGUCCGAAUCUAGUGGGAUCUUCACCACCUCGGAGAUCUCACCUCCAUGUACCUCACCCACAGAUGGGCCUCCCAAUUCUCAUGUGCUUCCCUCCAUGAUCCCAGACAUUCCACCCGACACUUUGGAUCGAGCCCUCUGUUCUUCCAUCAAAACAAGCACGUCCGAUCUCUCCACGAGUGAGACCAAUGGAAGUAGCACACCGUUACUUCAAUCUCGUCGUCAUUCGACCAUUUACAUGGGUCUUCCCGGCGGCAGUCCGAGUUGUGAAUCGAACAGUUGGCGGCAGCCUCGUCGCCAAUCAGCCGCCAUGGGCUUUGGCCGGAUGAUGCUUCCGCCUCCUCCAUCGCGUCCUCCACCCCCAAUUGUUCCCACAGAGGCCGUGGACAUGUGGUCAUUUGGAUGCUUACUCUUCGAAAUGGUCACCGGAUCCAAAUUGAUCCGGGCUGGUGAUAAGUUAGUGAAUGUAUUGCGACCCGCUCAAGUGAUGGAGAUGCGGAUUGGUGAGGCGGAGAUGCGCUUAUCUGACCACCAUCAAGAAGCUUUGUACGAGGCGGUCAAGGAUUUGAUUACCCGAUGCUUGGACGACGAUCCUGACACGAGGAUCUCGUCCCAUCAAGCCCUGCAGCAUGACUUUUUAAUGUUUAGAACGAUGCCCAAGAUCAAGGAGAUGGUACUUUUACCAUCAAAUAUCCUAAUGUUAACCGACAUCCUCAAGGAUAAGCAAGGUGUAUCCGAGAGCGAAAUAACAGACAUCUUGAGCGAUAUUCGAUCGCGAGCUGAGGAUUUCGGUCCCGUGACCGAAUGUCAGGCUCAAGGGAACCACGUCUACUUGGAAUUCGAGGAAACUAACGUGAGCGAGAGUGUCUAUCGUGGUUUAAUUGGUCGCACCUUUGACCACCGUACAGUGGUUCCCUUGUUUUAUCCCUUUGAACUGUGGACACGACGUGUGUUUUUACUUUGAGACUUGCUAACAACAGUACGCUUGUAUUUGUUUGUGAAUGUCCAGCCAGGAGGUGUGGCUGGUCCUCUAGGACCUCAAUUUGAACAAACCCCCAAACAUACAUCAACGUGUUAUCCAAAAUAUGUGGAAUCACAAUACAUACUUGUCAUUGUCAGAUAAACAUGAAUACAACUACCUAUUAAUAUUA